GGAUCGCAGACAACUGGAGGCCGAUCUCUCCCCGCCCCCACCCCCUCCUGGGGAGGGGCUAUUUAGCGGAGUGCGGGAUGGCCGACGGCGGGAGGGUACUUUCUCCCGCCUUCGGUCUCCGGCUGCUGUCCGUGCCCUAAGGAUGCUCCGUUUCGUGGGGGUGUUGGAAAUGUGGUGGCACAGAUUUGUUCCACCAGGUGGGUGGGUGUAGGGUUGUGCGCCAGGAGGGAAGACGAUGGAGGAAGAGACCCUCGGAAUCCAGAGCCUCCAUGAUUUUUUUUUUUGGUGGGGGCGGGGUUGAGGGAGAGACAAGGGGUCGUGCCGCAUCUAGAGGCGGGCUAUUCUACGCACUCACCGGCAGGGGUCGUCGCGUCUCUCUCAUCCCGGAAGGGGGCGCACGGUGGUGCCGCUUCGUUUCGGGGAAGGGGCCGCCUCCUUCUCUUCCGCGUCCGAUCGACUUCCGGUCCUGUGGCAGUCACUUCCGGGGGCUCGGAGAGCCUCCUCCGAGAGGCUGGCUGGCAGACCCUGCAGAGCUGCCGCUGCUGUUGCUCGAAUCGCGGUUCGCCGCGAAGCCCUUGGAUGGGGCGGCCACCCCUGUGCUGCGGGCGAUGCUCGGGGACGACCCCGGAUCCCAGGAAUAUGAAGCAAAGGGCGCUGGAGCCGCCCCGUUGCCACCGCCGCCUGCCAUAGACUUCCCCCAGGAGGGGUCGGACGUUCGAUACGAUGAAUCUGAUGUUCCUGCAGAACUCCAGGCUGUGAGAGGACCUCUACCAAACUCGACUUUUCCUUCUGCAGUUGCAAAUCAGCUAUUGCUUGUUUCUUUAUUAGAGCACUUAAGCCAUGUGCAUGAACCAGACCCCCAUCGUUCACGACAGGUGUUCACAUUGCUUUGUCAGACUUUUACCAAAAUGGGGCUUUUGUCUUCCUUCGCCUGCAGUGAAGAAUUUAGUUCUUUGAGGCUGCAUCACAACAAAGCUAUUACUGAAUUAAUGAGAAUAGCUAAGCAGAGAGUUCUUGAGGCUCAGCAUGAUGGAUACCCUCAUGUCCAUAAAGUCAGAGCAAAAGAGGUGGUCUUUGAAGCACAAACUUCUCGUUAUCUAAAUGAGUUUGAGGAAAUUGCUGUCCUAGGAAAGGGCGGGUAUGGGAAAGUAUACAAGGUCAAGAACAAAUUAGAUAGGCAAUUUUAUGCAAUUAAAAAAAUUCUGAUUAAGAAAGCUACUAAAAAGGACUGUAUGAAGGUACUUCGGGAGGUCAAGGUGCUGGCGGGUCUGCAACAUCCUAACAUUGUGGGGUAUCACACAGCUUGGAUAGAACAUGUUCAUUCAGUCCAACCACAAGAUAAGAGACUUCCUGUUGUCAAGUUGCCAUCUCUCCAUUUGGUAUCUGAUGAGACAGAGGACAGAGAUCAAUGUCAUGUUCAAAGUGAUGAAAGUAGUAGCUCAUCCAUUGUUUUUGCUGAUUUGGACUCAGAAAAAGAAAAAGCCUUUGCAGAAACUUGGGUUGACAAUCAGAAUAACAAGUUAGUAAACUAUAAUGAUUUGAUCACGAGAGAUGCCAGUGAAUAUGAAUCACAAGAAAAUUGCUUAGUUAAUACAUCUUCUCGAUCACUUGUUAAGCAUCAUAUGCUGCAAGAGAAUAAUUCGUACUUAGAGGAGAAUUUUACAUCCACUGAAGAAUCUUCUGAAGAAAACUUAGCCUUGCUUGGGCAGACUGAGGUAAAGUAUCACCUCAUGCUUCAUAUUCAGAUGCAACUAUGUGAAAUCUCUCUUUGGGACUGGAUUACUGAUCGAAAUAAAAAUAAGGGAUCAUCUGUAGAUGAACCUUCCUGUCCUUAUGUUAUGGGCAGUGUUGCAACAAAAAUUUUUCAAGAGCUAUUGGAAGGUGUAUAUUAUAUACAUAGCAUGGGAGUGGUACACAGAGAUCUCAAGCCCAGAAAUAUCUUUCUUCAAGGCCCUGACCAUCAUGUAAGAAUAGGAGAUUUUGGUCUAGCUUGUACAGACAUCAUUCAGAAAGACACAGAAUGGACCAGUAGAAAUGGGAAAAGACUGACACAUACUUCAGGAGUGGGUACUAGUCUGUAUGCUUCACCAGAACAGCUGCAAGGAUCUGAAUAUGAUGCCAAGUCAGACAUGUAUAGUUUGGGUGUGAUUCUUCUAGAGCUCUAUCAGCCAUUUGGAACAGAAAUGGAAAGAGCAGAAGUUUUAACAGGUUUAAGAAAUGGUCAGAUCCCAGAAUCGCUUAGCCAAAGAUGUCCAAUACAAGCCAAGUACAUAAAGCAGUUAACAAGGAGUAAUUCUUCACAGCGACCAUCUGCUGGACAGCUACUGGAAAGUGAACUUUUCCAAAAUCCUGGAAAUAUUAAUUAUGUCCUACAGAAGAAAGUAGUUGAACAAGAAAAAGAAAUUGAAAAGCUCAAGGAAACCAUAAGACUCCUUUCUCUGGAAAAAGGUAUAAAGGAAGAUGUGAAAGAAAGUGAGGGCUCUCCAGCUUGACCCUGAUGUUUAUGUAUAAGAAUGGGCACAAUAAUUUUUAAAAAAUUAUCUGAUUUGUUGUUAAUUUUGUUGGAUCUAUUGGAAUACAAAUACAUUUCACAAAUUGUGUGUGGUUGGGACCAUUCUUCUUAAUUUUCUUAAUCUGUAUGUACAGAGUAACAUUAAAAUCAAGGUUUAAAACCUGUAAUAUUUUUACUUAUAAGGUUUCUUUGUUAACAUUAACUAGCUAUUAGAAAAUUUAUGUAACAGAGGAGCCGCAAGUUCUAUGAUAAUUUUAUUAGUGUUUGACAUCUGGCUCUAAGACAUCAAUUUUAGUAUAAGUGCAUUUACUAAUAGGCCAUGAGGCAGUACCAGUUUUUAGUCCUGCCACUUGUAAAAUGUAUUCUAAGAAUUUAUUUCAGGAGUUUCAGGGCACUGUUAAAAGAGGCCAAGUUUUCACAUGAUUUCAUCCAUUUUUGAAUAUCAGUUGGAACAGAAUUAGGGCCACCUGAUUGCUGAAGUACACCCCAAGCUACAAUGUCUGCUACAGUGAGUUCAUUUCCCACCAGCCAGGGACCUCUGCCAAGAGCAGAGCUAAUAGAGUGUAAGACAUCUGCUUUUUCUUUACUGCUUCCUUCUUUCAAUUGAAAAAAAGUCAUAUCUAUCCAGCGAUCUAUAAGUGUUAGAGUAACAGCAUCAUGUGUCUGGCCAAGCAGUGAGGACAAAAAUCGAGCAAUGGUCCCUUCACCUUCAAUAGGACACAUUGUUUGAAUACUGAACUUCAUCUGGGGCUUUGGCACUGAAAAGAAAGAGAAAACACCUCAGUAUUGGUAAAGAAAAGUAACUUUCUUUUAGAAUAAGAAUAUUAGCUAACAGUCUGAAGAAUACUAUUGUUACCAUUAAAAUUUAUAAUUAUAAA